AUGAUACUUUGGAACAAGUUCUACGAGUGCAAACAGCUCUGCGCAAUAACUGCGAACACUGCGAUAUUUUGGAGUAUUAUAAAGUGAUCGACUAUAAUUAUAGCAAAAAUGUCUCUACUGCCAUUUAUUAUGGGUUACGAUCAUCCUCACCGAUUGAUAGAUCAAGAUUUCGGCUUGGCGCUUACUCCGGAUGAUUUGUUGACGGCUGCUGUGUCCCCAAUGCUGUCUCGCGACUACUUCAGGCCAUGGCGUCAACUAGCUGCAGCUACUAGAGACAUCGGAUCUACAAUUAAGUCCGAUAAAGACAAAUUCCAAGUCAAUCUCGAUGUGCAGCAUUUUGCCCCGGAAGAGAUUUCUGUCAAGACGGCUGACGGUUACGUUGUUAUCGAAGGCAAGCAUGAGGAAAAGAAAGACGAUCACGGAUAUAUCUCACGCCAAUUCACGCGCCGCUAUGCCUUGCCAGAAGGAUGCAAUCCUGAGACUGUAGAAUCUAAGCUAUCAUCUGAUGGCGUACUGACUAUCGUAGCACCAAGAGUGGCUCCAGCUUUGAAGAAUGAAAGGAGCAUCCCGAUAUCUCAGACCGGACCAGUAAGGAAGGAAAUCAAAGACAAGACCUCGCAAGCCAAUGCAAAUGGAGCCGAGUAAUCACUUAGAACCCUGUGAUGAUAAUAACUCUUGAUUUGUGCUUAUUUUACGUGCUUACAGCAUGUGUGUAUUUUUUGUAAUAAGACUGAAAUGCUUGUUUAAAUAAAUCCUCUUUUUUUUCUUUAAG